CCCAUUUGUUUUUAAUUUUAUCCACUCCCCACUUUCCCGUUUCUUCCAAAUCCGGUCGCCAAUUCUCUCUCUCUCUCAAUGUCGACCGCGAACCCAAAAUUUCAGUUUGGUUUGUUGGCUCUCUGCGUUCGCUGUUCUUAUAGAUCAAUUAGAAAUGAAAAGAAAACCCUAACUUUCAUUCCCUUCAAUUCCAUCUCACUCCAACAGUACAUAUACAUAUACAUGUCCCAGUCUUCUUUGUGAAUUCCAGAUCUGUACAUAUUGAAGUUUGCUUUUUCGAAAGGUGGUUCGUGCUCAUACCUUUGGAUCUCGAAUAACUGUUCUUGUUUAUUCAGAUUUUUCAGCGUCAAUUUGGAAUCAGGGGUACGUAAAAGGUAUGUUGAAUCGAUUUCCGUGUCUUUUCUCCGCCAAUUCGAGUUCGAAAAGGUUUGGAUGGUAGUUGAUUGGUUUGAAUUGGUUGUUUCCUUGUGUUAUACGUUGGCUUGUGUCUGGGCUAGGGUUUUGUUGCUUGAAUGAUAUAGAGGGUGCCACUUAAUUGUAAAUUUGUUACAGCUUCACAUUCAGGCUAGUUCAAAUCCUAAUCCAAUCAGUGUGUGUGUGUGUGGGUGCAAUUUCAAUCAUAUUUGGAUUAGGGUUUUGUUUCUUAGUUCGAUUCGGCAAUUUGAAUGCUGUUGUGGAGGAGUCUGAAGUCUGGAACUGCUGAUAGCUUGUGGAUUUGAAAAAAAAUAAAGGUGGUGUGUUUGGAUGGGGGAAGGUGAAGGUGAAGGGGAAGUCUUUGUGGCAGUGUUAGAUGAUGGAGGAAUGGAAAAUGAGAAUUCAUCGAGAAUUGAAUCGAAGCGUGAUCAUGAAUGGUUAGGGGACGAUACUGAAGUUGAGCGUUGCACAAAGAAGCAGGCAAAGGAAGCUUCAAGUGAUACUGAAUUGGAGUCUUGUGCUAACAAGUAUGAAUUGGAGUCUAGUUGCACAAAGAAGCAGGCAAAGGAUGCUUUAAGUGAUACUGAAUUGGAGUCUUGCGCUAACAAGCAUGAAUUGGAGUCUAGUUGCACGAAGAAGCAGGCAAAGGAUUCUUUAAGUGAUACUGAAUUGGAGUCUGCUAACAAGCAGGUUAAGGAAACUUCAAAUGAUGAAAUAUUCUCAGAAGUUUCAAACCCAAAUUUGUCUCCAAGAGAUAAUGCCUGCAGCAUUCAGACUAUUAGUAGUCAACUGGCCGAGUUGGUGAGCAAUAACCAAGUUGCUUCUAGUGAGAAUUCGUCCACUUGUUCUGGGAAUUCAAGUUCCAAGGAGAGCCUGAAUGAAGAAGAGGAGAGUAAAAAUGAUACAUCUGGAGCAGUGUCUACGUCCCUUUUUGUACGCGAGAUUCCAAAAGAUUUCAGCUCCACUGGUAUCAGGAAAAUUACCUUCAAAUUCAGCAAGCGUAAGGAGGACUAUGAUAAUCAGUUAUCUGCAACAGCAGUGGGAUCUGGCAGCAAGGUUUUUUUAUGUCAGCCUAAUAUGGAACUGAAAAUGUCUAAGAAGGUUCUGCCAGACAGUUAUCCCACAACUGUUAAAAAGCUUUUAUCUACUGGGAUUUUAGAAGGGGCUCGGGUGAAGUACGUUACUGCUUCACAGGAGAGAGAGCUUCCUGGAAUCAUAAAAGGCUGUGGAUAUUUGUGUGGCUGCUCAUUAUGCAAUUUCUCCAAAAUACUCAGUGCCUAUGAGUUUGAGUUGCAUGCUGGUGGCAAAACUAGACACCCGAGCAACCACAUAUACUUGGAGAAUGGGAAGCCAAUAUAUAGUGUAAUCCAAGAACUCAAGACUGCACCACAUAGUGUACUAGAUGAAGUGGUAAAGAACGUUGCCGGUUCAUCUGUCAAUGAAGAGUCUUUCCAGGCUUGGAAAGAAAGUCUCCAAGAAAACAGUCAUAUGGUUAAAACUGAGAAGAGACGUCACAUCAGUGUUCCUGGGAUGCAUCAUGCUACCACAAGUGGUCAAAUGAUAGAAGACAGCCUUUGCCCUACUUUGUCUUCCUAUGUUCAGAACAACGAUUUUAAACAGCAAAACUGCAUGAAGGAGGCUCUAGAGGGGAAGAAAAAGGGGUGGCUAAGAAGCCAAGCUUCUACCAUUCUAGUUCAGUUGUGAAACAGAAAAAAAACUGCGGAAGGUCGUACCAAGAAAAGGGAUAAUGAUCUGCAUCGAUUACUUUUCAUGCCUAACGGACUUUUAGAUGGUGCUGAAUUGGCUUACUAUUCCAAAGGACAGAGAAUACUUGGGGGCUACAAACAAGGAAAUGGAAUAGUUUGUAGUGGUUGUCACACCGAGAUUAGUCCUUCGCAGUUUGAGGCUCAUGCUGGAUGGUCUGCUAGACACCAACCCUACCGGAACAUCUAUACUUGUAGUGGACUGACGCUUCACAAUAUAGCUCUGUCAUUGGCUAAUGGACAAAGUCUGGCUACUGGAAGCAGUGAUGAUAUGUGUGCAGCAUGUGUAGCUGGAGGGGAUCUGAUUAUUUGUGAUGGAUGCCCUCGGGCUUUUCAUGCAGUUUGUUUGGAUUUACAGUGUGCACCUAAAGGUGACUGGCAUUGCCCAUAUUGUAGAGAUAAAUUUGGUUUUGGACGAAAAUCUGCUGGAGAGUCCUCAAAUACGGGAAGACAUAUUAUAAUUCAGUUGACACGAGUUGUUAAAGCCCCAUAAAUUGAAAUAGGUGGUUGCGUUGUUUGCAGGGCUCACGAUUUUGGUGUUGAAAAUUUUGAUGAACGAACAGUUAUGCUUUGUGACCAAUGUGAGAAUGUUGGCUGCUUGCGUGACAGUGGCCUCUGUGAUUUAAAAGAACUGCCCAGGGAUAAGUGAUUUUGUUGUGAUGACUGCAAUAGGAUCCAUGUGGCACUACAAAAUUUAGUUUUGGUUGGUGCGGAGAUGAUUCCAGCUUCAGUGUCAUAUGCAAUACACAGAAAACAUGUUGAGAAAGGAUUUACAGAUGGAGUUUCAAAUGAUGUUCAAUGGCAGAUUUUAAGUGGGAGAAGUCGCUAUCCAGAACAUUUGCCAGUACUGUCUAGGGCUGCUGCAAUUUUUCGAGAAUGUUUUGAUCCUAUUGUUGCAACUUCUGGUCGUGAUCUUGUACCUGUUAUGGUCUGUGG